UAAAAUAGAAAGUAAGAGUUUAAAAAAAAGACAAUAUUAAGCACAGCAAGGGUGGCUGUAUUAACAGCUAAAAAAGUCAAGAUGCUGUUAAAUUUGAAGAAAGAAGCAUAUAGAAACAUGGCAGCCAUCUAAUCAAUACAUGCAUAUUUCACCCAAAACUAUUUACUUCUCAUGUAAUUUAAUACAUUCGUCUCUUCAUAAUAGGGUGCUUAAAGAAGGUUAUUGACCACUUCAAGAUGGAAAGGAUUCAUAAGGCUGAGGUAUUCUAAUGCAGGCCAUCUCACUCCAGCCAAGGUUGAAGAAAAGCUUUUCCAGUAGAGCACGGAGUCUGCAAGAUUCUGCCAGGGUGGACAAGCCCUUUGAUGGAAAGCACUCCUGGAUCCGUCCAGAACAGGUAGCCUAACUUUCAAAGAUCUUUGAGGACUUCAACGGAAAAAAAAAAGAAAAGAAAAAAGAUGAACAACGUAACUGGUAACAAUACCGUAUGUUCUGUGAAUUCCAUAGUCACACAAUACAUCAUUCCUCUACUCUAUUGUGUCGUCUUCGUGGGUGGGAUUCUGCUCAAUGGAAUAUCCGCGUGGACCUUUUUUUACGUUUCUAACAGCAAGAGUUUCAUCAUCUAUCUCAAGAAUAUUGUGGUGGCUGACCUGCUCAUGAGUCUGACUUUCCCAUUCAAAAUUCUAAGCGAUUCCAAAUUAGGACCCUGGCAGCUAAGCAUCUUUGUAUGCAAGGGGUCCGCAGUGGUCUUCUAUAUCAACAUGUAUGUGGGAAUCGCAUUUUUUGGAUUGAUAGGAUUUGACAGGUAUUAUAAGAUCGUAAAGCCCCUUUUUGCUUCUUUCGUUCACACGGUGAGCUACAGCAAGAUCCUCUCUGUCCUCAUCUGGACUCUGAUGUUAUUUCUGGCUGUCCCCAACAUCAUUCUGACCGACAAAAACGCUAAGGAGAAAGUCAAGUGCAUCGACCUCAAAAACGAAAUGGGGCUCAAGUGGCACACUGCCUCCAACUACAUCUGCGUGGGCAUCUUCUGGGUUGUGUUCUUUCUCCUGAUCAUUUGUUACACGGCCAUCACAAGGAAAAUCUACAGCUCUUACCUUAAGUCCAGAAGGAACUCCAUUUCGGUCAAGAAGAAGUCCAGUCGCAACAUAUUCAGCAUCAUGUUUGUGUUCUGUGUGUGUUUUGUCCCAUACCACAUUACCCGCAUCCCCUACACCAGAAGCCAGCUCGAAGACGACUACAACUGCCAAUCCAAAGAAAUCUUGCUCUACGCCAAAGAAUUCACUUUGUUCCUCUCUGCGGCCAAUGUGUGCCUGGACCCCAUUAUUUAUUUCUUCCUCUGUCAACCAUUUAGAGAAACACUGCGGAGUAAGUUCCACUUUGGGGUAAAGGGCCCAAAUAGCCCAGAAUCUUCCAAAACCAAGAGGAGCAAUGAAAUGAUGGACAAUGCCAUUCUGGACAGCACAGAUACGCUCUGAUUCCCCCAGCUGGGGCUUUUCAGAGUGUUGCCCACCUAGACAACAAUUAUGCGAAGAUGAGUAAAUAAGAGCUGUGCUAUGCCACAAAACAGUCUCUAAUCAUAUUUAUAAUAACCAAGGAAAUUCCACAUACAGAAUUUUUCUGCAUUACCGUAGCCAAGAUUUCGCUCACAGUGCUGAAAUGUUCAAUAAAAAAUCAUGCAUGUCAGAGAUUUAAGAAUAUUUCAGCAACCUAGAGGGAUUAUUCAGCCAGCCAGCCAAUGUUUAUUUAAUGCCAACAGCUGGGUGAAGCACGGGGGAUAAAAAGCCAAAAACACUUCUUAUCUUCAAAGAGAUUAUAAUCAACUAACAGGAAAGGGGCGCACAGAGGAGGAAUUAUAAAAUGCACACAUUUGUUAUGGUCAGUUAAUGUAUUUAAAAAAAAAAAAAAAGAACGGAGGGGUGGUAGAAGGGGGAAGGCUGAACUUGAGAUGGCUUUUUAUUCAAGAAUCUACUCAGAUCAAGAGAUCCUGGUGAACAGAGCCAUUCAAAAGACACGAUGAAUAUUUGGAAAGAAAAAUGUAUCAAAGUCCAAAUGUUAGUGAAAAGAGAAUAAACCCAAGAGAAAGAAGUUGGCUACGGUGCAGAGUACCCUGGGAAUUUUACGUGGAGGACUUUACAAGUGAGAACAAGCUAGCUGACCCAAGUUCACAAGAAAUUCGUUUAGGCUCUUUGGUUUACAGAAGUAUGGACACACCAAGCUUGGUCUCCAUUUGGGGGCAGAGCCAGACUGCCUUUCACAAACAGAGGCUCCUGGCAGCAAGUGGGCAGGUUUCACGUGUUAGGUCUUUCUAUUAUCCCUGGCUUCUCUUGAAGUAAUAAUCUAACAAGCACGUUUAGUCCAAUUGCUGCCCUAAUUUGGCCCAUAAUAUAGCAGACCUAAGGCAGAGUUGAGCUAGAUUGAGGCUAUGCCAUGUAUUAUAAAAGAAUGCAAGCUCUUUGAGGGCAUAUUGGGUUCAAUUACCUAGCACAAUGCCAAGUCCACAGGAGAUGUUUAAUAGAUACUUGCUCUUUGCUUACUUAAUUGUAAAUGUUGUCUGCUGGGUACAUUCAUUCAUUUUACAGAGCUUAGCACCAUGCCUAGGAGCAGUUAGGUGGUACAG